AUGUGCGGCCUGGGGCGACUGCUACUGCUCUUGUUACUGACCCCAUUGUGGCUUCAGGUCUCCUCACUGCCACAGCCAGACACCCCAGAGGGCAAGGCCACCACUGCAGGCCUGAUCCUCUCUGCUCUGGAGCGGGCCACCGUCUUUCUGGAGGAGCGGCUGCCAGACUUCAACUUGGACGGCAUAGUGGGCUUCCAGGUGCUACAAGUGCAACUCAGAGGUGUUCACAAGGUGUGGGCCGGGGAGCCCCAGCUGCAGCUGCUGAAUCUGCGUGUGGGAAGGCUGGCCCAGAAGCUGCUGACCCUCCUUCACAGAUCCACCUCCUACCUGAAGCUGAGUGACCCCACCUACCUACAAGAGUUCCAGCCAAUCAUCCAGCCAGGGUUCUGGAAACUUCCGCACUCCUGGACCCGCACCAACGCCUCCAUGGUCUAUCCGACGUUUGAGACCGAAGACGCCUUCUCCGAGAACCACAGUGACCACUGCCUGGUGCAGCUGCUGGGGACCGGGAUGGAUGGCAGUCAGCCCUGCAGACUCCCAGACUUCUGCAGGACUCUGAUGACCAGGACUGGCUGCUCAGGCUACAGCCUGUCCCACCAGCUGAUUUACUUUCUUUUUGCCAGGAUGAUCGGAUGCACAAAGGGACCGUUCCAGCAGAACCAGCACUACAUGGACCUCUUCUGCGCCAACAUGAUGAAUCUGAACCAGAGAGUGGAGGUCGCCAGAUACCCCUACCCUACCCAGGACCUCUUCAUGGAAAACAUCAUGCUCUGUGGAUUUGGUGGAUUCGUUGACUUCUACAAGUUCCCGUGGCUGGAGGCCAUCCUCAGAUGGCAGAAGCAGAGAGAAGGGUGCUUUGGGAAACCUGCUCCUGAAGACAAUGAGUUCUCGAAAGCCGCUCAACACCACCAGCAGUUUCUGACAAGAGUGAAGAGGCGAGAAAAAGUAUUUCCAGGUGGCUGUUCUGCCCACAACACCGCCAUGGCAGUCGGCAGCCUGGGCGGCUUCCUGUAUGCCCUGGCGGAGCGCCCUCCAGCACACAGGAAGCCACUGCAGUCCACACCAUCACCGCCAAGUGUCUUCUGA